AUGGAAGGAUCAACGGCGGGAAAUUUUGUAGAUCAACGGUCAGGAGGCGCUGUAGGUGCGGGCUUUGGGGCCGUAGGAACGGGAGGGGUUGGGGAGAUUGGGGGAGGAGCAAUGGGGGCAGGUGGCAACCCCAGAUUGCUCCAAGUGGACUCAAAGGGAGCGACAGCUGGCACGUUGGCAGGAAGGGCGGCAGAGGGUUCGGCAGCCCGGUGGGCGCCAAUCAACGGCAGCUUCGUGCUCUCCUGGAUCCCACCCUCCAAGGCUCGGCUACAAACCAACAUCUCCCAACUGGAGCUCUACCCGGUCCUCUUAGACGUGAUUCGUUACAACGAAGAAGCGCAACUCACCGCCGCUAAAGCGGGUCUGGAGGCUCCUAAGGCGUCCAGUGGGCCGGCUUGCCCGGUGUUUGAGUUUGGGUUCGAGCGGUUCCCCGGGAUUGGGUCGUGCUGGGAGGCGGGGAUUGCGGAUGAGAAGCGGGCGGCGACACGGCCGCCUGUGAACUGCAAGGGGGUGGACCCGACGUGCAUUCAGAAGAAUGAUUUGCUGCCUCAUAACAAGUGGUCUGCUCAGGUGGGUGGGGGGAAAGGGGAGGUAAAUGGGGGCGUGGACCCGACGUGCAUUCAGAAGAACGACCUGCUGCCGCAUAACAAGUGGUCUGCUCAGGUUCGAGGUGACUUUCAAGCCAACUCAUGUGUCAACCUUCCCUCCUCCCCUUCUCAUACUUCAUCCGACCUCUCUCCGCUCCAAUCGUGUGCCAUCAUUCCCCUCUGCAAUUCCCUAUCCACCCACCCUCCCCUCAACUCCACAGGUGCUGGUGCUACGCAAUGUGUGCUGGUGCUACGCAAUGUGUACAUAAACGUGGUGGGGCAGGUCCAGGUGCUGGUGCUACGCAAUGUGUACAUAAACGUGGUGGGGCAGGUCCAGGUGCUGGUGCUACGCAAUGUGUACAUAAACGUGGUGGGGCAGGUCCAGGUGCUGGUGCUACGCAAUGUGUACAUAAACGUGGUGGGGCAGGUCCAGGUGCUGGUGCUACGCAAUGUGUACAUAAACGUGGUGGGGCAGGUCCAGGUGCUGGUGCUACGCAAUGUGUACAUAAACGUGGUGGGGCAGGUGUUCAACGCAACCCACCUCUUUGACCACAAUGCAUGUGCCGGCAGUCCCAACAUCACCGUCACCCUCCCCUUCCGCUACACCGCCAACCGCACACGCGUGACUCAUUUCAAAGAGCUCGUCUCCCUCGUCGACUGGUUCGCCUGGUCCACGCGCGCCAUGCUGCUCGACCUCAUACCGCUCUUCAUCUCUCUGCACCGCAUUCUACCGGCCAUGAGGGGAGUGCCGGUGGCUGUGGGGCAUAGGAGGCCGCAUGUGAGGAAUGGGUUGGAGCAGCUGUGCUCGCUGGGAGCGGUGGAUGUGCUGGGCGUGCAGGUGGAUAAAAUGAAUGUGCAUGUGGUGAAGUCCAAGGACUUGUUCUUUGCUGAAAAGCUUGUCAUUCCGCUGCACCAGCGGUGUGGGGAGCCCAGCCGCUCGCUUUGGCACUAUCUGCGAAUGAGACACCUGCUGCCGCCCGGGGGGCUGCCCAUCUUUAAUGCUG